AUGCAGCAACAAAUUCAAAAUUUAAACGAAUUUAUAAACAGAUUAGAAAAUAGAAGAGACAAUGAAACUAUUGGAUGUACGACAAAUAAAAUAAUAUUAUUACUUAAAGAUUUUAUUGAAACAUUUCAAGAAAGUUAUUUUGAAUUAAAAAAUACAAUAAAUUUACUUCAAAACCAAAUAACAAAAAAUAUUCAAUUAGAAGAAAAAGAAAUAAAUUCAAAAAAAAUAAAAGAAGAAAUAGAUAAUUCAAGUGGUUUACCUUCAACGUCUAUCACUACUCUUAUGGAAUGGAAUAAUGGUAAAAAAGCGCAUAUUUUAUUUAAUGGACCAAUUCCAACACCAAAAACAUUUAAUGAAAUAGUUAGUGGACAUAGAAAUGUUAGUAUUGUUAUAAGAACAAAAGAUGAUUCAAUAUUUGGGUGUUAUAGUUCUAAAUUACGUUCUCCAAUGUCUUUAAGAGAUAAUGAUUUUGAUGUUAGAGAUGAUAAUCAAUUUUAUGUAUUUACUUUACGUAAUCAUUGUGGAAUUCCUCCAAUGAAAUUUACUAAAAAAGACAACGAAUACACUCUUGCUCGAUUUGCAUCAUCUAAUGAAACAAUGAUUGCUGAAGCAGAGUCUUGUUUUAAAUUGGCUAGUGAAAAAGGGGUAUCUUCUAUUUCUAAAUAUUUUUCUCAAGAAUAUAAUAAUGUGCCAUCAUGUUCUACUCAACUCUUUGUUAAUUGUUCUGGAGAAGAUACAUUUACAGUUCAAUCACUUCAUAUUAUAGAAUGGAAAUAA